AUGACCUCCUUGGAGCAGCCGUCCAUCCUAAAUCACCCAACGAUCGGACCUAUUCGCGGCAUCCGAAAAGUUGACGGUGCCGCUCAGUUCCUAGGUGUACAGUAUGCGGUUCUUCGGGAUAGAUUCGCCCGCGGAGAGCUCUUGAAAUCCUACCCAUCUGACCAUCCACGCGUCCAAGAAGGCGUGUUUGAUGCAACUUGUCUUGGCCCGGUUCCCAUCAGCCCUACCAAUGGGUGCGAAUGGGAACAGAAGCUAAUCCAACACUCACUACCGGCGUCAGCAUUGACGCAGUCAGACACGGAGUGUUUGACGGUCAACAUUGCUAUACCCGAUAUCAAGACUGACGGCCCGGCAUGGCCCGUCCUGGCGCUGGUACACGGCGGAGCCUUUGCUACUGGAAGCAGCUCCUAUCCACAAUAUGAUUUAGGACACAUUGUUCAAACAAGCGUGCAAAUGGGCCAGCCCAUGAUCGCGGUCGGAAUCAACUACCGACUGGGAGUCGCCGGCUUUCUCCACUCGUCAGCAAUGGCAGAGGCUGGAUACAAGCCCAACAACGGCUUGGAUGACCAAAGGCUUGGCCUCCUAUGGAUCAAGCAUCAUAUUGCCGGUUUUCACGGGGACCCUGAACGCGUAACGUACAUUGGAGAGAGCUCUGGAGCAGCAUCUGGGACUUUCCAUCUGCACGGGACCCAACCGCUGUUCAGCCAGCUGAUUGCCAUGAGCGGCUCAUCCAUCGUCAAGGCCAAACCUAUGGCGAUGGGUGAAAGGUCAUUUGCAACUGCUAUCCAGUUGCUGGGCUGCAACGGUGAUGUAGACGUCCUACUGAAGGCCUCGCCAGAGGACAUCAGGGAGAAGAUCGGGCGCAAGAUGCCUAUGGGGCCACUCAUUGACGGCGAGAAGAUUGCUGCCGCCACAACUUAUGCUGCACUGGCGGACCCAGGCCGGGCAGCGGACCUGUUUCCUGGAAUGCAGUGGUGCAAAAGAAUCUUGGUGGGCGACUGCCAGAUGGAUGGCAGUGCAUAUGCACCCCGUGUCGCAGCUCGAAGCGAUGUGUUGCCUCACACGCUAGCAACCUAUCUCGCAGAGGCUCUGGAUCCCAUCGAUCCCAAGCUUACACCGGCUAUUACUUCAGCGUAUGGGCUGGACCAGAGCGCCACGGCCAACACGACCGAGUCGACCAAGGCUGUCUUGGAUCUGGCGACUGACAUCUGCUUUGCACUUGGUGCUCGGGCUUUUGCGAGGGCAUGGUCCCAGAAGCCUGGCGCAGAAGCUUUCCUUUACCGGUUCAACGUUCCAAACCCAUGGGAUGGCCCUUGGAAAGGCCAUGCCACGCACAUUCUGGACAUCGCGGUUGGGGCAGAUCAAGGUGCAAUGGUGUACUUUGCCGCGGAGAGCGGCGAAGAUGACGAGUCUCGAUACGUCCCGGCUGAAGAUCCGCAGCAGACGGGGAGGAGAGUCAUUCUCCAGGACUUGCUUGAUGAAGCAGGACUCGACAAGGUCAUGACCGCGUGGGAGAUGUUCAUGAGGGGACCGAAAGUAUAA